AUGAAGCUGUUAGCUCCAGUUAGAGCUGUACACACCCUAAUAAUUUUUCUCAGUGACACUGAGAAAUAUCAGUCGAAAUGGGAUGAGUUUGUUUUACCUGUAGGACAAGGUUUUGAUCACUUCGUCCCUGCAGGUUUAACUCUACCGCUCUACGUCCAGUCAAAAGCUCAAGAAGAACCACUCCAAAUGCAUAAACGUCACUUUGUAAGUUCAGUUUCUCUGGCUGUCAUGAAAAGAGAAAGGCUAAUCCUUAGAUCUGACUUGCUACGCAAAUUUAACCAGGCAAAAAUUUAUGUUUGGGACCGAAGAUUGUUGUGCAAUAAUACUUACUUCGUCAAAGGCAUAGAAUCCAACUAA